AUGAGUAGGUGCAAACAGCGCAAACUUUGCCAAGAAAAAUCCCAGACCCGACCAUUUUCAAGAUUCAUGGGAGAAUCGAAAACGAAGAAACCAUUGCAACAACAUCUCUUUUACUCGGCAAUUACAAGGCCCGAGCUUAUUUUCUGGACCAGCCGCUUCCUCUCGUCGGCCUACAGUCACGACGCUUUGCACCUCUUCGCCUACCGGAGCUCUAAUCCAGAUUUCCAGCUCGACUUGGCUUCAGCUUCCCUUCUCCGACGGGGUGCGAAACUCUUUAUCCUCCUCCUUAACCUGUCCCUGAGCGCAAAGGUCGAAAUGUCACCAAGUCUUCUCCUGCGGGCAAUGCAGCCCUUGCGAUCCUCUAUAAUCCGGCCAACAUCAAUUCUUUCAACACAAUUACCGAUCCGCGGAUCAGCUGUCACAUCGCGUCGACUCCUCUCUUCCACUACCAUCACACACCAAGAACAAGUACAGGAGUUGGAUGCUAGUACACCCGCUACCGUUCCUCCCUCCCUUCGCAAAUACCCCUAUACCCUGAAGAGUGGCACCGUCGUCUCUGUCGGUCGCAUGGAGCGCACCGUCACUGUUGAACACCGCCACACGAUCUGGGACCGUCAUAUCCGCAAGAAUUACCCCAAGGUUACCAGAUUCCUCGUCUCCGACCCGCAGAACUCCCUCCGCGAGGGCGACGUGAUUGAAUUCUCCUCCGGAGCCCCGAAGAGUCGCCAUGUGCGACAUGUCGUCGAGCGUAUCAUUGCGCCAUUUGGUGAGGCCAUUGAGGACAGACCGGCUAUUCUGACUCGGGAGGAGAGGGAUGCUGUUCGAGCCGAGAAGAGAGCGGCGAAGGCUGAGCGGAGGGAGCAGAGGAGGGUUGAGAACGGCGCUGCGCCGUCGGGGAGUGUGCAUGGACAAGAUCAUGUUGGACGUAUUCGGAGGUUAGUAUCGGAGAGAACUGGACGUGCGGAAUAG